AUGAGAUUAAUAACCAAUACAAAUAUCAUAGUCGAUGAUUUUGAAUUAGCAAAAGAUUAUAAACUUGAUACUUUUAUCCACUUCCUUUCUCAUUUCCAUUAGGACCAUUGGUAGGGAAUGAGUCCUCUAUGGAAUUAUGGCAAAAUCUAUUGUAGUAAAAUUACAAAGCAGUUCAUAUUGAAUAAGUUUCCGAAGAUAGAGAGGAUUGUGGCAUUAGAGUUUAAUCAUAUCUAUUAUUUGAAUCUCUUGAGUUAAGAACUCACAGAUAAGCUUGAUGAUGAGUUUACAAUUGAAGUGGUUCUAUUUUCAGCAAAUCACAUUCCUGGUUCUUCCAUGUUUUUGUUUCGAGGAUACAUGGGAACCAUUUUGCAUACAGGAGAUUUCAGAUUCAACAAGAGUAUGAUAACUGACAAUCCCAUCUUAUUCCCUAACAACGAGGCAAUCUAAAUUGAUGAACUCAUAUUCGAUAAUACAUAUUGUGAUCCCAUGUUUAACUUCCCAACUGCUGACAUCGUGGCCUAACAAAUGAUUAAAAUCAUUGAGAAUAACAUCAAAAAAAGAGUUUUAAUAGCGAUGGGAGCUUUGGGAAAAGAGGCAAUUGUGAUGGAGAUUUGCAAAUACUUUAAAACUAAGAUAAUUGUAAAUCAAGAGAAGUAUAAUCAAUUAAUUGCCAGUUCAACUAAGAAUAUUGAUUUGUUUACGACAGACAAGAAAGGUAAUUGGUAUUAUGUAAUUUGUUAGAAUAUUUCAUAGAGAUCAUAAAGAGAAGUCACAGAGAAUAAAUACUUUAACAAUACAUUGAAUCGGGAUAGUAGAAUUUUAUUUGUAUAAAUACUGACUUUUUGAUGCAAAGCCAUAGAGAUCCAGAUGGCAUCAAUUAUAUGGUGCCAUAUUCUCUGCAUUCAAACUACCUUGAGAUGAGAACCUUUGUAAAUUCCAUCAAGCCAGCCAUUUUGAAAGUAUUGUGUUUUGAAUCAUGAAGAAAUUGGUCAUACCCUAUGAGAAUUUCGCUGAAUACAGGAGAAAAGCGAGAAUAAAUCCAGUCAAAGGUUUUCAAGGCUAUUUAAAGAGAUUAAAAACAAACGGGGAAUCAGGCUAUUCAACUUUGAUCAGAGAAUGCACUGAUUUUACAAAGAUCUCUAAGAAUUACACUAAUUGGAUGACAGAACCAAAAUUUCGUAAGUUUGUUUUUAGCAUAUUAAGGUGGUUUGAUGGAGAAAUUAGGAGUGUAAUUGGAACCGGAUAGGAAGAAUAGAAAACGAAAAGUAGACUAAGUAAUGCCCAAGCCGACCGUCAAAUAGUGUAUUAGAGAGUUGGAGAAACAGUGUAUCUAUUCGAAGAAACCAGAGAAAGUGGAGUCCUUAGAUGAUAUCUCAAAUAGAUUGAAAGCAACCAACAACAAUCAAUACAUUACGAAAUUCCUCAAGAAGCCGCAGUAGAGUUAAGAAGUAGAACGGAGGGAUGAAGAUGAGGAGAUCUUUAGUAUCAUUUAAGAGUAUUUACAUUUUCGUGAUGAUGAUGCGUGA